AGCAUUUCUGGGUGAUGGGUUUCAGAAGCGGACCCGAUUUUCACUGUUCAUUUACGACGGUCGAUUGUUCUUUUUCUCUCUCUUCUUUUCCACCUCGUUCCUCUCUCUACCUCGGCCAUGGCGAUUACCACAGCUGCAGUCAUCGUUCCAAUGGGCCUCCUCUUCUUAUUAUCAGGCUUCCUAGUGAACCUCAUUCAAAUUGUUUGCUAUGUGAUUUUUCGUCCACUUUCGAAGAAUUUGUAUAGGAGGAUAAAUAGGGUAGUGGCUGAAUUGCUAUGGUUGGAGCUCGUUUGGCUCAUCGAUUGGUGGGGUGGUGUCAAGGUUCAACUAUAUGCAGAUUCUGAGACAUUUCGCCAUAUGGGUAAAGAGCAUGCACUUGUCAUAUCGAAUCACAGAAGUGACAUUGAUUGGCUUGUUGGAUGGGUUUUAGCACAGCGCUCGGGUUGCCUUGGUAGCACACUCGCUGUGAUGAAGAAGUCAUCAAAGUUUCUCCCGGUCAUUGGCUGGUCAAUGUGGUUUUCUGAAUAUCUCUUCCUUGAGAGAAGCUGGGCUAAGGAUGAAAAUACUCUGAAGGCAGGUUUGCAGCGGUUGAAGGACUUCCCUCGGCCUUUCUGGUUGGCUCUUUUUGUCGAGGGAACCCGCUUCACACAAGCCAAGCUUUUAGCGGCUCAAGAAUAUGCUGCAUCAUCUGGCCUGCCAGUUCCAAGAAAUGUUCUGAUUCCUCGCACAAAGGGGUUCGUUUCAGCCGUCAGCAACAUGCGCACAUUUGUUCCCGCUAUAUAUGAUGUGACAGUGGCCGUUCCUAAAGAUCAACCUUCACCUACAAUGCUGAGACUUUUGAAGGGGCAGUCUUCUGUGUUGCAUGUCCAUAUGAAGCGGCAUCCAAUGAAUGAACUACCUCAAACAGAUGAGGGUGUUGCACAAUGGUGUAAAGAUACUUUUGUGGCCAAGGAUGCGCUAUUAGACAAACAUCAAGCGGAGAACACUUUUGGGGAGCAGCUGUUGCAGCCAAUCGGACGGCCAAAGAAGCCUUUACUGGUGGUUAUCUGUUGGUCAGCUAUUCUUCUAUAUGGCACCUUCAGGUUUUUCAAAUGGUCGUCAGUUUUAUCCACAUGGAAAGGAAUCCUAUUCGUGUCGGCAGGUUUGCUUUUUGUAACCCUAAUUAUGCAUGUGUUCAUCUUAUUCUCUCAAUCAGAGCGCUCCACUCCUAAAAAGGUAGCUCCUUCCAAGGACAAUAAUGUGAGCGCUCCCUUACAAACCAACCACAAGAAGGAACUUUAAUCAUUAGAAUGUAAGCAUCAUCUCUUCCCUUGUUUCAUCUUUGUAUCAGUGUAUCUUCUAAUAUAUUUUCCUUGCCUAUCUGUCUCAAACUUUGUAAGCCAAUGAGGACAAUUACGGGGUCCGGUCCCAAAUGGUAUGGACUGAGAUGAUUGUUGUUUAUGAGAGGGUAUUAGUCAAAUGAUAUGUACAUUUUUGGUGAAGAAAAGUUUCACAAGGAUGCUUUCCUUUGGUUUAGUCUCGCAGUUAGUGAUAGAAGCAUUUACUUUGUGAAUGAUAAAUGCAGCUGACCUUGACUUUUA